AUGGCCAGCAGCACUCUUCCCAGGCGCUCGCCGGAGGCGGUGGCGUGCCGGUCAGGCGGCCGCGACGGCGGCCGGGGAGGGACGCGCUUGGCCCGGGGAACGCCUCCGCCUCCGCCUCCCCCAGCCGGGCAUGGCGGGCGCGGGGUCAGCCAGGAGCCGGGCGAGGUGCCCAGCCUGGAUGCCAAACCCCAGAGGACAAGCCAAGUCCCAAAGAUCUACACGAAGACCGGAGACAAAGGAUUUUCCAGCACGUUCACUGGGGAGAGGAGAGCAAAAGAUGACCAGAUCUUUGACGCCUUGGGGACGCUGGAUGAACUAAGUUCCGCCAUAGGGCUGAGUGCGGAAUUUGGCAGUGAGCGUGGCCACGCCUUUGUGGAAGAGCUUCAGAAGGUACAGUGUAUGCUGCAGGACGCCGGCUCCAACGUGGCCACUCCGAUCUCCUCUGCCAGAGAGUCUCACUUAAGACGCACGUCCUUUAGUGAAAAGCCCAUCCUGGAGCUCGAGACCUGGAUCGAUCGAUACUCAGACCAGCUUCCACCUCUGACGGCCUUCAUUUUACCGUCUGGAGGCAAGAGCAGCGCCAGUCUCCAUCUCUCCAGAGCCGUCUGUCGCAGGGCCGAGAGGCGCGUCGUUCCUUUAGUGAAAUCCGGAGAAGCAGAUGCAAACGUGGCCAAGUAUUUGAACAGGCUUAGCGACUACCUGUUUGUCUUGGCCCGCUACGCUGCAUGGAAGGAAGGGAAGGAAGAGAAAGUCUACACCAGAAGGGAGCCCUGAGUCUACCACACUUUGGCUGAGAUUAAUGCUUCUGUUCCUGGAUCCCAGCUGCACUGA